CUCUCCCUCUAACUCUCAUUGUUUCCCACACUGACUCUACCCCCUCCAGUCUUCGGAUCGGAUUCACAAACCACCAGCCAUGCAGCCGUUUCCAUGAGGAGUCUGCAGAGAGAGAAACCAUUCCGCCGCAGAGAUGCAACUUUUACUCGCUGCGAGCACUGGAUGAACAUUUCUUUCUGCAAAAGCGACUUCUGUUGUUAUUCCUCCCGGUGGAUCAAGCCUGGAGACAGGCGGGGAAGGAAGAGAGAGUGUCAUCUAAUUGGGAUGAGAGUUCAAGUCAAGUGAGCAGGCAGAUUGGACUCUUAAAUCCUCUUAACGCAGGUGGUGGCUGGAAUAUAGCACAAAAGAGGAGUGUUUAUAUGAAGUGUGAAGAUUUACGCGCUGAAAUCCAGAAAGAGGGGUUGAUGAUGUGCGCGCACACGUGGGUUUUCGGAUUUGUUGGGGCGCAAUAACGGGGUCAAAGUGGGUUCCCGUGUUCUCCACACGAUGAAGUGGCCUUAUGGGAGUUUGAGGGUUUGAGUCCGAGGAAGAGGAGACCUGCGCGCAGAGAAGACACGGGUGGAGAGAGGAGGAGUAGGAGAAAGAGGAGAGAGAGAGAGAGAGAGAGAGAGAGAGAGGGUGCAUCACUGCCGGGGCGCGCAGCGCGGUUCCAGAUCCCUGGACGCAGGGAUGGAGAGCACAAGAGCGCACUGGAUAACUUUGAUGGAUCCUGGAAGAAGAGGCGUAAAGACCAGGAGGACGCACCUCCACCUGCAGCGGGCUGUGAUUGUUCUCGCUGUCCUGAUGGUACACACACAGGCCGUGUGUGCUGCUGGGAUGUUCGAGCUUCAGAUCCGUCAUUUCCAGAACCCGCAUGGAUUCUUGCAGACCGGAGACUGCUGCGACCUGCAGGCCAGUGGGGGACAGCGCUGCUCCGCCAGGAACCAGUGUGACACCUUUUUCCACGCCUGCCUCAAGGAGUACCAGGCCAGAGUGGUCCCCACGGGACCCUGCACCUUCGGGUCAGGCACCACAGGCAUCCUGGGCGGAAACUCCCAGUCGCUCCGGCACCGAGGACAUGACGCAGGAGGGGGAGGAGUAGAGGAUGGGACUAACGGGCACAUUUCCAUUUCCUUCAAAUAUGCCUGGCCAAAAUCUUUCUCUCUGGUGUUGGAGGCUCUGGACCAUGACAACGACACAACAGAACCAGGUCAGCUGAUUGAGCGAGUCCUCCUCUCAUCCAUGCUGAACCCUGGCGAACAGUGGCAGACGUACCGUCACCACGGACGGAUCCUCAGCCUGGAGUAUAGGCUCCGCUUCCGGUGUGACUCCAACUACUACGGGCCUUUCUGCAACAAGUUCUGCCGGCCCAGAGAUGACUUCUUUGGCCAUUUCAGCUGCGACCCGAGUGGCUCCAAGGUCUGCAUAGAGGGCUGGACAGGACCAGAGUGCAAAGAGGCGGUGUGCAGGCAGGGAUGCCAUCAGGCCCAUGGUUUUUGUACCGUGCCUGGAGAAUGCAAGUGUCAUUACGGCUGGACAGGUCCUCUGUGUGAUCAGUGUGUGACGUUUCCCGGCUGUGUGUACGGGAGCUGCACCGAACCCUGGCAGUGUGUGUGUGACGUCAACUGGGGAGGCCUGCUGUGUGACAAAGAUCUUAACUACUGUGGCACACACCAGCCCUGUAAAAAUGGUGGGACCUGCAUUAACACAGAGCCAAACGAAUACCAGUGUGAGUGCCAGGAGGGUUUCCGAGGACGCAGCUGUGACAUCGUGGAACAUGCAUGCCUGUCGUCUCCAUGUGCGAAUGGCGCCACCUGUGUUGAAGACCCGAACACCUUCAGCUGUAUCUGUCCCAAAGGCUGGACUGGAAACACUUGCUCAGACGCGGUGAGGCAAUGUGAUCGCAACCCCUGCGGUCGUGGAGCGACAUGUCAGGAAGCUCCUGGAGGUUUCCGAUGUCUCUGUCCACUGGGAUGGACCGGCAGGACGUGCCAACUGGAUGCCAAUGAAUGUGAAAUGAGUACGUGUGUCCACGCCCGCUCUUGUCGAAACCUGAUAGGCAGCUACCUGUGUGACUGCCUUUCUGGAUGGACCGGGCCUAACUGUGACAUCAGGAACAGCAGCUGUCAGGGUUUGUGCUUGAAUGACGGCCAUUGUGAGGACCUGUUGUCAGGGUCCAGAUGCGUGUGUCCAACUGGUUUCACUGGUAAAUAUUGCCAAAAUGGUUUGGGUCCCUGUGACAGCAACCCGUGUCUGCACGGUGGAGAGUGUGUGAUGAAGGAUGGAAAGACAGCCACCUGCGACUGUCCUUUGGGAUAUUCGGGAAUCUUCUGUGAGAUAGAAUUGGAUCCUUGCAAUCCUAACCCCUGCCAGCAGGGGGUGCAGUGUCACAGCUCAGAGGGAAGAUACAUGUGUGCAUGUCCUGAUGGUUAUUAUGGCAAUGAGUGUGUGAGUCUCAAAAGUCAUUGUGUUGGACAAGAUUGCCAAGGUGCUACGUCUGACACAACUCACGGUGGCCUCAGCCUCUACAUGAUCCUGGUGGGAAUCUUUGCUUUGGUGACGAUCUGUGGCUGCGUCGUCUGUGCCGCCAUCUUCUCCCACCUGCAUAGAAAGAGGAAAAAGCAACAGUCUGUCCCGCAGGAGGAGGGCAUCAACAACCAGAGAGAGGUGGUCAACCUGAUCAGAAAUCUGGACGGCCCCCCAGGGGCCCUGCUGCCUCCCGCUGCACCUCAUCCUCACCCUCCAGCCCCGGUCUCACGUUGCUGCGAGGAGAUUGAACUCACCAUGCCGCCUUCCCCGGCUCCUUCGCACCCCUCGCCGGCUUUAAAGCCAGCUCACGCCCCCAAACUGGACAUUUCAAACCGAGAAAGAGAGAAGCUAAACCGUUUUCACUGUACAGGCAAUCAGGAGCUGGAGGUUUGACCAUGUCCUGGACUUCUACUUUGAGGUCGUAGCACUUUUUUCGUUGACAGAACCACUGUCCCAUUAUUUACAAUGAAUCCAGAGUGGAAGUUUGGCCGACUAGGGAGACCUUUGACCUUUAUAAACUCAGAUAGCUCUCAGCUGAUUCUUCUGGAAUAAAUGCUGCUAAAUGAAGGAUCGGAAGUCUUUUCCCCAGUGGCAUCUUUGGGCAUCAUUUGGUGGCAAAAAAAGAAGCAGGUUUGCAAAGUUUGACUGAACUCUGAACAUUUAAAGACCUACCAUUGAGUGCCUGCAUUAGAGCUAGAAGAGUCCCUUAUGUUCUAAUACGCUGGUGUGCAGAACGUCAUUUCUGUUUCUGAAUUGAUGCCUGUUUAGCACUUGGUGAUAUUUGGGUUGUUGAGUGUUUGUGAGGUUGCCUGCGAGUGAAUGAAAGAGUGUAAAUUAUGAGUGUAUGUGGGGAGAAAAAAGGGCAGAAACAUAUUAUUAAAACAGAAUAAAACAAAAGUGACUGUGUUUUUCAAACCACACACUGUUGCCUGUUUCGUCUCUGUAAUACUGCAGUUUGUUAAAGUUGUAUGAUUUUUUUUAUUCAUAUCUGCGUGUAAAAUAGCUUUUUUGUACAUAAAUAUAUUGUACAUAUUGAUGCUUUUUUUUUACUGUGGUUCAGUAUGGAAGUAUCACUGUAUAACUUUACUGUGUUCCUUUUAACUUUCCGUUCGGGUUGAUCAGCGCACGUGGAUUGUAAUAAAAGUGCAUUUACCA